AUGAGUAAAGUUGGAAGAGAUCGCCGGGAAAAUAUCUCCAAUGUUUUGUUACGUGUGCCCAUUUUUGCGUACGCCGUUGUAACGGUUUCAUUGCCUGCCGUUGCUUUAUUUUUAUGUUUUGUAACGGCUGUCAUAUUUCGCUAUGACGAGAUUAAUGACACACAAUGCAAUGUUACCAACUUUGUUCCUUCUAUAAGUGCAGUAACAGGAAUCAGACCACAAACCUAUCUCUGGAAGAUUUGUAUAGCUCUACAUUCAGCGCCACGAUUUGCUGUGGCUGUUAUAUACUAUAAUUAUUAUAAAGACCUGCUGUAUUUAGUGUCUGACAAAUACAAAGGACUGUUUGGGUUUUUGAUGACAGUUAAUUUUUGGUUCAACACCAUAGAAGAUGCCAGCUUGGUUGGAGUAACAUACAUUUCUAAUAAAGACAAUUAUCCUGUACAUGAGAAGAUAUUUAUAGUAUUUAUGGUAUUAUCUUUAUGUUAUAUGUUGUUAAAUACCAUAUUAUACUAUUGGACUCGUACUGGCAAGCUGUCUGAAGAUGAGAAAAAGUCUUUAAAAUGGAAAGUUGCUAUGUUUAUUGCCAAUUUUACUGCUACUAUGGGUUUACUAGCAUUUUUUAUACAACAUCGGUUUUAUUGUAAACCCUUAGCUUUUAGUUGGUUUUCAGUCUGUGAAUAUAUAAUAGGCUAUACAAAUAUGGCAUAUCAUUUGUCUGCUUAUUACGAGUUUCAAAACAUGUCACUAGCUUUUGGACGCUUAGAACCGCCACAUACAAAUGGUUCUGUUGCUUCAAAUAAUAAUAGUAUUACAAACAAUAAUAAGAAGAAAGAUCAGUAA